UAAAAUCUUUUUUCAUCAGUUAUCAAUUUCUCACCACGUUGGAUUCCUUCCAUUAUUGGCAAAUGAUGAGAUUACCAGGGCAGGCUCAACUAUUUUCUACGUCAAAAGAUAACACUCUCACGCUGUUGGAGGCCGAAGUAUCGACCAACGUUGUUUGUUUGAUUUUCUUCUUUUAUUUAUUUAUUUUUCCAAGGUUAUAAUAGUAUUAAACUACCCUUCACCUCUCCCGGGGGUGCCUAAAGACUUGACUAUAAAUAUGUGCAACAGGAACCAAUCUGUUGGAAAAUGCACUGAGGCUUCUUGUCUCCCCUGCUAGCGAUGGCUUCUUUUCUGUGGAGUGUAUGCUUAAGUUUCCUGCUUUUAGCUACCGUAACCAAGGGUGCUUCACCAAAACAGGUUUUGGAUGUACCGUUCGGCCGCAACUAUGCGCCUACUUGGGCUUUCGAUCACAUCAAAUACAUCAAUGGAGGUUCUGAGAUUCAGCUCAAACUGGACAAAUUCACAGGGACUGGAUUUCAAUCUAAAGGCUCUUACCUGUUUGGUCACUUUAGCAUGCACAUAAAGAUGGUUCCAGGGGAUUCUGCUGGAACUGUGACUGCAUUCUAUUUAUCUUCUCAAACCAAUGAGCAUGAUGAGAUAGACUUUGAGUUCUUGGGAAACAGAACAGGACAGCCCUACAUCUUACAAACAAAUGUGUAUACUGGAGGGAAAGGAGACAAAGAGCAGAGAAUUUAUCUUUGGUUUGAUCCUACCAAGGGAUACCACGCCUACUCUGUACUUUGGAACAUGUACCAGAUCGUAUUCUUUGUAGAUGACGUGCCAAUCAGAGUGUUCAAGAACAGCAAAGAUUUAGGAUUGAAGUUCCCAUUCAACCAACCUAUGAAGAUAUACUCAAGCCUUUGGAAUGCAGAUGACUGGGCGACGCGGGGUGGCUUGGAGAAGACUGACUGGGCCAAGGCUCCCUUCAUAGCCUCCUACAAGGGCUUCCACAUUGACGGUUGUGAGGCGUCGGUAAAUGCCAAGUUCUGUGAGACACAAGGUAAGCGUUGGUGGGAUCAGAAGGAGUUCCGAGAUCUUGAUGCCGCUCAAUACAGGAAACUCGGGUGGGUUCGCAAAAAAUACACCAUCUACAACUAUUGCACGGAUCGUGUUCGCUUUCCUUCUCUCCCUCCAGAAUGCAAGCGUGACCAUGACAUUUAAACUUCUUUAGCUAGAAGCCUUUUACUUGCCGUCAGUAGCACUGCAGCCAUAUAUUUGGACAGUAAAGAAGGGAUGAUGCUGUUAGUUAGUUUCCUUCAUUCAAAUUAUUAGAACAGGUUCUGCUAUUUUUAUUAAUCCAUUUGCUGGUAUCAUCUCAUGUUUCGGCUGGACGGGUCACUUCGGUUUAAUAAGCAUAGGGAAUAAUGGGUGAUUUCUUCUUCUCUGGUGGGUGAGGCAGUGAAUCUUGUGAAAUAUGAUGGCUUCACCUGUCACAUGCUUAAGCUUUGCUUUCUGGUGAUUCAAUAAUCAGUUUCCUACAUCCUUAAAUCUUGCCACACAAACUGUAGCUAAAUACAUCAGUAUCUGUACCUACCAAGUGCUGCUAAGGAUAUGAAAAUGACAUGAUAGAUCUCCAUCACCGCUUUUACGCU